AUGAUUGAAACCCAACUAGCUCAACUUGCUAGCACCAUCAAGGAGCAUCAUUUGCAUACAAGUCUCCCACCCCAAGGUCAAGCUCCACGACAAAUGAAUGCCAUUGUGACUAGGAGUGGAAAGACUCUAGGUGAUAGUGUUAGAGCUAGUAAAGUUUCUGAGUCAAAAGGGGAAGAACAAAAGGGUAUUGUUGAGUCGAAUGACAAUGACGCAGUAGAAAAUGAGCCUCACGUAGAUGAUGUGAGUGAUGUUUCAAAGCCAAAGGAGACUACUCUUCUACCUUUCCCCACUCCUAAACCCCCCUACCCCCAAAGGUUUAUAAGGCACAAAUUGGAUGUUCGAUUCUCAAAAUUAUUUGAAUUCCUUAGGAAGUUACAUAUUACCAUUCCCUUUACGGACGCAUUGAAGCAAAUGCCUACUUACUCAAGAUUUCUUAAGGAAAUUUUGAGUGGAAAGAGAGAUUGCGACGUAAAGAAAACGGUUAAUUUAACUGAGAAUGGUAGCGCCAUUAUUCUCAAUCAAAUGCCCCCAAAACUCAAGGAUCCGGGUAGUUUCUCUAUCCCAUGUGCAAUCAAAACCCUUGAAAUUGGGAAUUCCCUAUGUGAUUUGGGGGCCAGUGUUAGUUUGAUGCAGUACUCAGUAUUCACUAAACUUGACAUUGGAGAAUUGGUCCCUACCAAUAUUACAUUGCAACUUGGCGACCGAUCGGUCAAAUAUACCAUUGGCAAGGUUGAAGAUGUACCAUUGAGGGUAGGAAAGUUCAUCAUCCCCAUGGACUUUGUGGUUCUCGAUAUUGAUGAGGAUGCUCAUGUCCCAAUCAUUCUUGGUAGGCGGUUUUUGGCCACGGCGGUGGCUAUCUUUGAUGUUAAACAAGGGGUAAUCACCCUUAAGGUGGGAAAGGAUAGUCUUACUUUUGAUUUGACUAACACUAUGCAAUAUCCUAGCUCACCUAGUGAAAAUUGCUUCUUUGUUUACUCCCUUGACCCCCUUGUCCAUGAUAUGCAUGAGCACUUGCUCAUUUCUAAUGAUCCUCUUAAGCUUGCUAUCUUGAAUAGGGAAUGUUUAGGAAAUGUAGGGGUGGAAGCGGCCAAAUACAAGGAGCAAUUGAACACCACCCCACUUGGUGAGGAAUGUUGCCUUUUGCUUGACCGGGAGGACUUUCAUGAUGAUCUAGAGCAACGUGAUGUCCUCAAGCUCAUUCAUGUUUUGAGGAGGAAUCAAAGUGCUUUGGGGUAUACCAUAGAUGACUUGAAAGACAUAAGCCUGACACUUUGUAUGCACCACAUUGAACUUGAGGACAAUGCCUUCCCCCAUCGGGAAAGACAACGCAAGCUUAACCCACCAAUGGGUGAGGUGGUUAAGAAAGAAAUUGUCAAACUCUUGGCUGCCGGGAUCAUCUACCAUAUUUCCAAUAGUAGGUGGGUGUCCCCGGUCCACGUUGUCCCCAAGAAAGGUGGGAUGACGGUGGUCAAAAAUCAACAAGGUGAGCUAAUUUCUACUCAGACGGUGACCGGGUGGCGAAUGUGCAUUGAUUACCGUCAACUCAACCUUUCAACCAAGAAAUAUCAUUUUGCCCUUCAUAGAUCAAAUGCUUGA